AUUUACCAUCUACCAAUAAAAUAGCACAUGAGGCAGCGAAAGCUGACUCCAACUCGUAAAUAAAAAGUACUGUCAAAAGGCUACCCUGGCAUCAUCAAGGAACUGAAACUCGCCGCUGGGUCCGCCUAGUCAGCGACGCAACAAGCACAAAGCAACAGGCCGACAGCCAACAACCAGCCAGCGCGCGCCGCCACCGACACGCAGCCCCGUUCGAUCGGUCCGCCGCCGCGUUGCCUUCGCUUCCUCCCCGAGGCGAGCCCCACCUCGCCGGAGGAGAUGGACUGCUGCCGGCACGUGAACCCGUUCCGCGCCUGUGCGGGGCUGCGCGGGCUGGGCUACCUUAUGGUGGCGAUCGUCGCCGCCAUCGUCGCCCUGUCCUACUACGCCGUCGUCGUCUUCGCAUGGGGCCCCAUGCUCCUCGCCGGGGGAGCAGCCGCGGCAGGUGCUGCCGUCGUGAUCGUCGCCUUCCACAUACUCGGAUCUUGUUUCUUCUGCAGCUUGCAAUGAUUCUGUGGUGCUAUUUGAUGGUUGUUUUCACUGAUCCUGGUGCGGUACCUGAAAACUGGAGGCACGAUGCCGAAGAUAGUGGGAAUCCUUUAUUUUCCUCUUCAGAGGAGCAAGGAAGUGCUCCUAAAUAUUGUUCUCGCUGUCAAAAUGGCAAACCUCCUCGCUGUCAUCAUUGUUCUGUCUGUAACAGAUGUGUGCUUAAAAUGGACCAUCACUGCAUUUGGGUAGUGAAUUGUGUUGGAGCAAGGAACUACAAGUAUUUUCUCCUUUUUCUGGUGUAUACAUUUAUUGAGACUGUUCUGGAUACCUUGGUCCUACUUCCAAACUUCAUUGAGUUUUUUCAAGAUGAAAGUAGGCGUUCCAGCUCUCCUGGGGAUAUUGCUAUUCUAUUUCUUGCUUUUGUUCUCAAUUUAGCAUUUGCGCUGAGCCUCCUCUGUUUCAUUGGCAUGCACACGUCUCUUGUUACACAUAAUACGACUUCUAUAGAGGUCUAUGAACGGAAGAAGUCAGUUUCAUGGAAAUAUGACCUAGGAUGGAAAAGAAACUUGGAGCAGGUCUUUGGUACCAAAAAGUUGUUCUGGUUUGUUCCCAUGUACUCUACAGAGGAUCUGCACAACAUCCCUGCGCUUCAAGGCCUUGAGUUCCCUACUCGCUCCGACGCAAUUGUCUAAUUGCAUAUGAUGCCUAGCAGAGUGGCAGCAGUGUAUUCUAUGACAUAGGGUCGUCUUACAUCUACACAAUUACACUAGGAUUUCUAUACGGAGAUCUGUUAAUUCUUUUUUGUACAGAAAUACACAUUCAAUUCUUUAGUGUACCAGCUGUAAGGACCAAACAGAUACCUACACAAUCCUGUUAAUUCUUUGGUUGAUUUAGAUUUUUAGACAAUUUAUUUUCAUCACUUGCAGCAACUCCAGAAGAAAGUGUUAACCAUCAACUGCUAACACGGAUUAUUUAGUUUGGAC